AUGGGAAAACGGGUCAGCUCCAAAUCAUUCCGCAAUCUGAUUUUCCUGUUUCUUCUAAUCUUACAAACUUGUCCAAAUCUUACUAAGGCUGGUUCAAUAGUCAGCUCUCUUCCGGGAUUUCAAGGACCUCUGCCAUUUGAGCUAGAAACAGGGUACAUUGGGGUUGGUGAAUCAGAGGAUGUGCAGCUUUUCUACUACUUCAUCAAGUCAGAAUCCAAUCCUGAAACCGACCCGCUUUUGCUUUGGUUAACUGGAGGCCCUGGUUGCACUUCAUUUUGUAGCGUAGCUUAUGAGAUUGGGCCAAUAAAGUUUGAACCUUUCCUCUAUGAUGGGACUUUGCCCAAGUUGAUACUGAAUCCAUAUUCUUGGACAAAGGUCGCAAGCAUUAUAUUUGUGGAUCAGCCGGUAGGAACUGGUUUCUCUUAUGCCAAGACUGCAAAAGCUUCUCAGUCUACUACAUCAAAAAAUUCUGAUCAACUGUAUGAAUUCCUAAAGAAGUGGCUGAUUGAUCACCCCGAAUUCAUUUCAAAUCCAUUCUAUGUCGGUGGAAACUCUUACGGAGGCGUUAUGGUUCCUAUUGUUUCUCAACUUAUAUCAAAUGGAAACGAGGUUGAAGUUGAACCAAUAAUUAAUCUGAAGGGUUAUAUGGUUGGAAACCCAGGGACAGGCAAUGGAAACUAUGCAGUCCCACAUGCUCAUGGAUUAGGGCUAAUUUCGAAUGAACUCUACCAAUCCUUGAAAGACAGUUGCAAAGGGGAAUAUCAAAGAAUAGAUCCCAAUAAUGCACUCUGCUUACAACACAUGCAGACAUACGAUCAGUUGCUUAGUGGUGUUAAUCCUCCACAUAUCCUGGAGAGAAGUUGUCCUUUUGCUUCGCCUGGACCAACCAAAAAAUUUGGUGAGAAAAUACCCACUAUUGAAAUUUAUUCACAGAAGGUCCAAGAGCUCAGAAUUCAAGAACGUACUCCAAUUAAAUGUCGAAUGGACGGGUAUAAGUUGGCUUACCACUGGUCUAACAACAAAAAUGUCCAGGAAGCUCUACAUAUUCGCGAGGGAAGCAUUGGUGAGUGGGUACGAUGUAACCUCAGUUUGUCAUUCACGGAUGAUGUGGACAAUGUUGUACCAUAUCAUGCUAACCUUAGCAUUAAAGGUUACCGAUCCCUUGUAUACAGUGGCGACCAUGAUAUGAUCGUACCUCAUUUGGAAACUCAAGCGUGGAUUAAGUCUCUAAAUUACCAAAUCAUUGAUGAUUGGAGGCAAUGGAUUGUUGAGGACCAAGUCGCCGGGUAUACUUAA